UCUUUAUAAUAAAAAAAGGUAAGAAAACUGCUUUCAGUGACUUUUAGCUGUAAUGUUUUUUCUAAUUUGUAGGUAAUUACGACAGAGCACAAAAUAACGACAGAAAAUGCUAUUAACAGUAGCAUUUUGGCUGUUAGUCAUUUUUAUUGGAUUUUGGAUUCUACUUGGUCCCGUUGUGGGCCUUCUACGUAUUCUAUGGGAGAUUACUAUGCAAUUAUAUAACAAGAAGACGGUUGAUCUGCAAACAAAGUUCGGCGAAUGGGCGAUUGUCACCGGCUCGACUGACGGUAUCGGUAAAGCUUAUGCUAAAGAAUUAGUAGCAAGAAACAUGAAUCUCAUAUUAAUUAGCAGAAACUUAAAGAAGCUUGAACGCACAAAAUCUGAGAUGCUAUUAAUAAAUCCAAAAAUCGAGGUGAAGAUUAUUGCGGCGGAUUUUGCCGAAGGACAAAAUGCUUUUUCCAAAAUUCAUUCUUGUUUACAAGACGUGUCCGUCGGCAUAUUAGGUAAGUAAAUUGAUUUUAUUUGAUUGUAAUAAAUUUAAU